UGGAAAUGAAGAAUGGAGUAAAGUGGUAAAAUAAAGAAUUGGGGAAAAUUUUACUAAGAUUUCAGUUUUCAAACUGCAAAUUUGCAGUUCAAAGUUGUAAAGCUACUGCAAGUGACAUUGACAACAUCACCUCUCUCUCUUCCAUUGGAGACUUCAUCUUCAUGUGCACCACCGACUGUAAGUUGCUGCUGCGAUGCAUUUCGAUUGUAUGGAGAUAAUAGCUAAUUUUCAGUCGCAUUUUGUUGCUUGUGUAAAUUUUGCAUUCUGCCUUCGAUUUCGUGCUUUUACUGCCUGUUUCUACCUGCAUGAGCGAUUUUCCCUGGAGUUUGUUCGCGCGAUGAUUGUGUGCCCUUUUCAGUUUAUGAGCGUGGAAAAUUUCCGUCAGAACCGUUGAAAUUUUGAUGAUAUAGGAACUCGUUCAUUUUCUCAGCACUGGUGAUUAUGUGUGGAGUAUUUUAUAGGAUGCUUGCUACACAUUCUGAUUCAAGGUUUUGUAGCCAUGGAUUUAUCUCUUCCAGACUCAUUAGACGAUGUAACAUCCUUUGCAUCCAAGACCGGAUACCAUACUCGAGAUGAUUGGAUGAGCGACUUUUUGCCUUUUCAUGGGCGUGAUAUGCUGGAGGAAGAUGUUUUGAAUGAGAAAUCUUGUAUGCAAGUGCUGAAGAUAUGGAUUGACAAAGCAGAUGAAGAUAUUGUAAAACUUGAAGAAGAUAUAUUGAUUCUUCAGUGCCAACUGGCUCGAGAUGAUGAGAAGUGGUCUAAACAAUGCACUGUUGCUUUGAGAGAAAAGACUGAUCAUCUUGAUAUUUUGAUACAACGCUUGAAGAAGGACGAUAAUGGAAACAGCCUCCAAUCAGAAACUGAGGAACUUCCACCAAGAUUACAUGAUCUUCUGAAGCCUUUGAUGGAAAGUUACUUAGCAAAGAGUGAGCAAGCAGAAACCAGUAUGCCACAGAUGCCUGUUCCACGUGCUGUUGAACAUAACAAGAAAACAGAAGAAAAUACAUCCACCAUCAUGUUCAAAACAUAUGAGAGAAAGGGCAAGUCCACAGAGCUUGAAGAUAGGAAAAUAUGCCUUCCCCAAGAAAAGAAGAAAGAUGCAGUUAUCAGAAACUUUGAUGCAAGUGCUGACAAGUGUACAAACAACAAGGUCUCUGAGAAGGUUGUAAAUAAGCCAAGUACACUAGAACAAAGGAGAAUGCAGUUAGAGCUAUCAGAUCCCAUGGUGAAGGAAUUAACUGCAAGUAUGUCAGUAGAGAAAGCUGCUUCAAGGGAAAUUGAAGAGAAGAAAAAUAAGUACAACAAGGAUAGCUCCGAGGCAAAAGUCAUUCGAGGCAAGAUUCGACAUAAAAUCAAGGCGGAUUACGUGAAAGCCAGAACUGAACCAUUGAGUAAGGCAGGGAAAGCAAGGGUGUCAUACGAGCGUUCUAUCUGUGAGAAUGUACUCUCUGCUAAGCCUUCAGUGAAAACAGUGAAAAUGAAGGAAGAAAUACAAAAAAUCUACAAAUACAAGACACAGUGAAGGAUCUUGCAUCAGAAAUGAAGAACCCCCCUGCUCAUUGAAUGACAGAACCAAGCAAGUGAACAGUGCACGAACGGAAUCGGAGCAGUGGCAACAAAUUCAAGUGCAACAGAAGGCAAGCUAGGAAUGGCAACAAAUUCUUCAAAACCCACAGCCAGUAGUACAUGAAGUACAUGUGAUGGUGCCGAAAAAAGAUGGAGUUUCAAAAAAAGAAACUGAGCAGCAGGUGAGUAAAAACUAUAUAGCUGGCCUAUCAGAAGGCACUGCAGCAUCAAAUUUGUUGCCACAAGAGCCUCUGAGUUCACUAACCUCAAGCGAGAAAGGUCUCAAAAUGUCUCUGAUGAAACAUGCUACGGCGAAGUGUGAUGCCUCAAAUAGCAUGGCUGAGGAAGCCAUGGAUGGGGCGAAGAACGUGCCCCAUAAUCCGCCGGCUUCAUGCAUCAAGACUACGGAGAAAUUAUCACUUAGCAAUCUCAGGGCCAUUGCAAAGAGUCGAAAGACACGCGGCUACUCUAGACUUAAGAGGGAAGAGCUGCUAAAAUUUCUUGGCUUCGAGUGAUUGUUAUUGUGGACUUCAUAUGUAAAUACAAUGUAAGCCCUGAUCCCGACUCAUACAAGACGGAAAAAGGUGUGUAUUUUUUCUUCCACUGUGGAUACGACAACAAUGCAGAAAAGCAACUGAUAGAUAGUAAUUCAAUACAUGUUAAGUCCAUUACUGCAAAACUUUUUAGUUGAGCUCAGGACUUACUUCAAUACAUGCAAUAUAGCUCAGGAAUUGCAUUUUCUAUCCAGUUUACUAAUUGGCUGCAAAUGCUUAAUCUGAAAGCAAAACAUGCAUUUUGGUUUCUUUACUAUGGUUUCAUUACAGUAAACUAUGCGUUGGAACGAAGUACUCCACGUUUAAUAAUUGGCAAUCUAUUAGUUUUCCUGAUCACUUAAGCCCAUAAAAGCAUGCAAAACGGAGGUUUCCAGAUCAUCAUGUGUAGAUAGCAUAGAGAGUUCAAAUUUCUUAAAAUACUACUAGUAGUAGUAUAAAUUAAUCAUUUGACAAAAGAGGGUUGAACAUUGGUUUAUUAAUG